AAGUUUGAAGAGUGAAAGAGCAAAGGAAAUAGAAUCCUUUUCAUUCAGCCAUGGCUACCGCUCUCUGGAGAAACGCAAGUCGUUUACGAAACGUUCAUCGUUGUCUUCAUGCCCGCAGUCUAAGCCAAUUCAGAUCCCCUAUUCCAUCUUCAACCACAAUCGCCAAUUCUUUUCACGGUCCAUCUCUCCUUUCCUUGCGACCGGUUAUUCCUGUUGGAGCUGAAUUCAAAUCAUUGGGAAUUUAUGGAAGAUAUUUAUCUAAUUCCACCACAGCUCCUAAUGAAAAUCAAGAGAAAUCAUCUUCAUCAUCAAAAACCAAUCCUGAAGGAACCCAAAACACCGGAGAUUCGCAACAGAGCAGUGGUGCUGCAGGGAAACCUGUUCGCGGCGGGCCUGUUUCUUGGUUGAGUUUACUGCUGCUGCUUGCCACUGGAAUCGGUAUUAUCCUUUACUACGACAGUCUAAAGAAACGACAUAUUGAAGAAAUAAGUAAUGCUUCAAAGGCUGUUAAAGAAGGGCCAUCUGCUGGAAAAGCAGCCAUCGGGGGGCCGUUCAGUCUUAUAAGUGAUGAAGGCAAACACGUUACUGAGAAGGACUUUAUGGGGAAGUGGAGUUUGGUAUAUUUUGGCUUCACUCACUGUCCAGAUAUCUGCCCAGAUGAGUUGCAGAAGCUAGCUGCUGCUAUUGAUAAAAUAAAGGAAAAGGAAGGGAUAGAAGUUGUGCCUGUAUUUAUCUCUGUGGAUCCUGAAAGAGAUACCGUUGAGCAAGUACAUGAAUACGUGAAAGAAUUUCAUCCAAAAUUAGUGGGUUUAACAGGUAGCUCUGAUGAGAUAAAGCAAGUUGCUCGUGCAUAUCGAGUUUAUUAUAUGAAGACAACAGAGGAAGAUUCAGACUACCUUGUCGAUCAUUCCAUAGUCAUGUACUUGAUGGAUCCUAAGAUGGAAUUUGUAAAGUUUUUCGGGAAGAAUAAUGAUAUCGAUUCACUGACCGAUGGUGUAAUCAACGAGAUAAAGCAGCACAAAAAGUAGAGAUGUACUUUUUGAGGUGAAAUUCUUGUUUGUUGGAUUUGGAUUAUACUCUGGCAUGGAGACUAACAUUCUUUUCGUAGUUUCUCAUGAAAAGAACACGAGUUAUAUUCAUGUUGAAAGAAUUUUGUGUUAGAAGUCUAAUUAGUACUGGUGCUGGGAAGCUUGAGCAAUAGAUUGCAAUUGUACUUGAAAAUAAAAUGCUAAAUUGCAUGAAUGGAUGAGAUUUGAUUUUG